AUGGGCAGCAUCAACGGCAACGGCGUUGCACCCUCUCUUGAUGUGGCCGUUGUGGGCGGUGGCAUCAUCGGCGUGAUGACGGCGAUUGGCCUGCGUCGCCGGGGCAUAAACGCAGUCAUCUACGAGCGGGCGUCCACCUGGCACGAGGUCAGCGCCGGAUUUGCAUUCACGGGCGCAGCGCGGGUGUGGAUGGAGAUGAUCGAUCCUGCUCUCGUCGAGCUCCUGGGCAGCAUCAGCCAGAAGACGGACGCCAGCACCAGCAAUGCCUACUGGAAUGGCUACCACCCGCGGACCCGAGAGGAUGCCGAGGAUGAGUCCAAGUCGCUGCUCUUCCGUACGCCGACCAACAACCUCAGCUUCUGGGGCUGCGUGCGCUCGCAAUUCCUGCAGGGGAUGGCGGCUAUGCUGCCUGACGGGGCGGCGAAGUUCGGGAAGCAGCUCGCGAGCUACGAUGAUGACGACCAGAGUGGCAAGGUCGUUCUCCACUUCGACGACGGCAGCACAGCCGAGGCCGACGUCUUGCUUGGGUGCGACGGCAUUCAUUCGUGCACCCGGAAAGUCCUGUUGGGCGCCGACCAUCCGGCCAGCCGGGCGGGCUUCAGUCACACCGUUACCUACCGCACCAUGGUCCCUAUCGACGUGGGCAUCGCCGCCCUGGGCCAGAAGGUUGCGAAGAGCGCUUGUAAUCACUUGGGGCCAGGCGCAGACCUGCUGGUGUAUCCGGUCAUGUCGGGAACUCUUCUGAACAUCGCCGUGUUCGCUUACGAAGCCGCGGAGUUUCCUGACCGCGACAAGAUGACGGUUCAGGUCGACCGUAGCGAGAUCGAGAAGCUGUUCAAGGGCUGGACUCCGCAGGUCGCGGACAUUUGGAAGCUCUAUCCGGAGAAGGUGGUCAAGUGGGGAAUCUUCGAUCUGGAACAAAACCCGCCCCCGACGUAUGCGCGCGGCCGCGCCUGUCUCGUCGGUGAUGCCGCGCACGCCAGCACUCCGUAUUUGGGAGUCGGCGCCUGCACCGGCGUUGAGGACGCCCUUGUGAUCUGCACGCUCCUGGAGUCGGUGCAGCAGAAGGCGCUGGGCGGCGAGGCGCUGAGAGACGCGUUGAGCGAGGCGCUACAGACCUACAGUCAGGUACGGUUGGACCGUGGCCGGUGGAUACAUCACCACUCCCGCCAGAUGGGCCAGAUGUAUCAUUGGCGAUACGGCCCGACAGGGCGCGACCCGGAGCGGAUGAAGCAAACGCUGGAGAAAAACUGGUCUACGGUGGUCAACUACGAUGUUUUGGCACCGUUGUCGCCUGAACUACGCGAAUUGGCGCGUUCAAGGGCCUCUCACUAA